AUGCCUAUUCCAUCCAUCCAUCCAUUCAUCUAUCUAUCCAUUCACCAUCUAUCUAUCUAUCUAUCUACAUCCAUUAUCCAUCAUUAUCAUCCAUUCACCAUCCAUCCAUCUAUCAUCCAUCCAUCCAUUCAUCUAUCUAUCCAUUCAUCCAUCUAUCCAUAUCUAUCUAUUCAAUCUAUUUGUCUAUCCAUCUAUCUAUCUAUCUGUAUUUUAUUAUUCUCUCAGCUUUCAUCUUCUUUCCUUUCACUUUGCUUUGAUUUUCUGCACUUUCUCUACUUUCACUAUCUCCAUGCCGACGCUCUACUUUUAUUUUCUCUUCUUUCGCUUGUCCUACUUUCACUCUCUAUAGUUACCUUUUCUCUACUUUCACUUUCAUUUUAUUCUUCUAUCAAUUUCUCUACUUUCACUUUCUCGUCUUUUAUUUUUCUCUACUUUCGCUUUCAUAUUUCCUCUAUCACUUUCUAUACUUUCACUUUCUCUUCAUUAAUUUUCUCCACUUUCGUUUACUCUACUUUAGUUUUCUCUGUUUUUCCUCUUCGCCACUCUUAUUUGAUUUACUUUCACUUUCUCUACUUUCAUUCAGUCUACUUUCGUUUUUACAUCUUUCACUCUUACUUCUUUUAUUCUCUUUACUUUCACUUUCUCUAA